ACUGCGGAAAUAGUACAGGAGAUGACCAGAUAAUGCAGACAUAGUACAGGAGAUGACCAGAGACUGCAGACAUACUACAGGAGAUGACCAGAGACUGCAGACAUACUACAGGAGAUUACCAGAGACUGCGGACAUAGUACAGGAGAUGACCAGAAACUGCGGACAUACUACAGGAGAUGACCAUAGACUGCGGACAUAGUACAAGAGAUGACCAGAGAAUGCGGACAUAGUACAGGAGAUGACCAGAGACUGCGGACAUAGUACAGAAGAUGACCAGAGACUGCGGACAUAGUACAGGAGAUGACCAGAGACUGCGGACAUAGUACAGGAAAUGACCAGAGACUGCGGACA